AUGACACGACCAUCACCCACACCGCACGCGCGCCACCCCGACUACCAGCAUCACCACCACCACCAAACCCAGUCACACGCCGUCUUCCCAUCCCAUGCACCUACGCACAACCACAGCAGCCCUAUCCACGAAAACUGCUUUGCUGUGGGCCAGCGCACGUCUGAAUACAUCGAGCCUCGCAUCGGACUAGAAGAUCCGAAUAACGGUCUCAUCGACGCGUCCCUUCAUAUCGAAACGCUAGCAUGCGAGCUCCGUAAAGCGGACUGCGAGAUUUGGUUAUUAAGCCAUGAGAAUGCGGUGUUGAGAGAACGUUCCAACCGUGGAUAUGUGGAGGGUAGAAUGGAGACGACACAGGCAUUAGUUGGGCAUUUACAACAUCUGCACAAGAGUGUUCAAGACUUGCAUGGGACGUUGCGGGUACUCAUGGAGGAAGCUUAUGGAGUUAGAGAUGAUGAACCGGAGCCCUCGGAAUCUAGACAUUACUUCGAGGGCGGGUGGGAAGAUAUGGCGAAGUUGUGGCGUGAGGGGCUUGCACCUAUUCGUCGAAAAGACUGGAGCUACACAGCGCAAGAUGGCCACGAAGUGCAGGGACGUGAGACAAGGCCGGUACAACUUGCUUCGGAGCCGGAACCUGGAAAUGGAAAUGAAGGUGCGGAUUCUUGUGAUAUGGCAUAUCGGUUCGAGCGUAGCAAUACGCUUAGCCCUGAAGAACGGCGGCCGCCACGUGGUGAUCGAGAUGCGUUACGGCAGAUUGACACGGAGAUGGCUAUCCUUCACCUUCAGAACCGUCUGGAAAGGACGGAGACGCUGAUCGAGUAUCUGACACACCGAUGCAAUUUGCAAGAACGAUGGAGUAAUCGGGUUGCAAAUAUAUCAGGGAAUUAUGAAGAGUGUACAUCGGUGUUGCUGGGGGAUAUAUACAAGACGCAAGAAGAAGGCGACGACGACGAGGAAGAAGACGAGGAGCUGUACUGUACGUGCGGUAAAUGUAUGUUGGAAGAAGAUGAAGAAGAAGAUGAGGAUGAUGAGCCGUACUGUACCUGCGAUGGAAGUUACCAAGAGCUUGGAAGCGCAGAUGGGGAUGCUACGUUAAGGAGUGGUAUGGGUCGAGACGAAGACGAAAAGUUUGUGUACGACUAUGGUGGGUAUACGACUUUGGAUCAGGCGGAUGAACCGGCGCGGGACACAGAUGUGGUUGAGAACCAGGCUUAUUGUGAUAAGGAUGAGGUUAUCCGAGAAUUGAUACGGCAGGUUGAACGAAUAGAAGCGCAAUUUCAUGCGCUUACGGAGGCGGCGCAGCGAGAUAAUCUCCCCUCAUCGACUGAUCCCCGUACAUCCACCAAUGACGACGACAGUACAGUAGCAAAGGACACCAAACUAAUUCCCUCCAGCACGAUAACGGUGUCCGUAUUUGAUGAAGAAGAGAAGGAAGACGAGGAUAUAAACUUACGUGGUGGAAAUGGCGAGGAAGAAUCUGAAGUUGACCACACUCGGGAUCAUGCUAACACCAGUCUUCGUACCUCCAUCCCAGCCUCACCUCACCUUCUUUGCCAGCGAGUUACUUCCCAGGUAGGCAACUCCAUCAUUGACUACAUCGUUGUAUAUCUACCUCCAGGAUUCAUCAUCCCCGAUUCUAUGAAGCCCGAGCUCGUUUUCCACAGCGCCACAACUAUCUACUAUUUCCCCAAAAGAGCGACAGAAGAAAUUGUGCGGCGAGAAGCAUGGAAGCAGAAAGCAUGCGGAGACGGGGGUUGGCAAAGCGUCGGACUCCACAAGAUACAGUCAAAGCAAGUGUUCAAGAACGCGAUUGCGAAUAUAUGGGAGACCAUGGGACUCAGCUGGAAUAUCCUGACGCGUGGAGAGUGGAGCUUUGAUGAGAAUGAGGAUGAAGGGGAAAUGUAUAUGGUCAACAACAACAACCUUUUUCUUACGAAUCGUACACCAGAGGCCGCUAGUCCCCACAGCCGUGGUGGAGCCUGUGAUGAAUAUGAUUCCCCGAUUCAUGAGCCGAUCCAGAUAUCGCCUCUUCUUAAUGAAGACUCGUUGGAUGAGAUUGAACGUUUUCAUGAGAUCCUCAUGGACGAGGCUAGGAUGGGCAUCAUUAGGGAUUCGCCAGAACAACGCGCGUAUGCUUGGGUGACUGUAGCCACAACACAACAAUGGGGCAGCUUCUAUCUCGAGCGCGAACUUGAGGAAUUCAAGGAGAUGAACAACAGUCUCAUUCAGGAUCUGCGUUGGAACAUGGAUGUACAAGUGGAGCUGGAGGAGCGGCUUGAGGUUGCCGAGGCAGACAAGAGAGCUAUGGCUGAAGACUUCCAGGACCUUGAAACCCGUUUGGCAUAUCUGGUCGAGACUAGUGCAGUCCAUAACCCCCAUCCAAAUUAUCAGGAGAAAGAAACGGCGAUACGAGGCAGCAACGAAGAUUCGCAGUCAACGACAUCGUUGAAGACCCCCAACGAGCGAAUCCAACCCGAGGCCUCUCGUCCAUGGGCUACUACCACCAUCAACUCCUUCGACUUCUACCUGAGACGGUCUACAAUAGUUUUUGCUGGCUUCCCUCCGCACAUAUACCAGUUCCCUUGCAAGUCUACACUACUAGAGAUCCGCGGGAUUCUCAAAGUUGGUAAAAGAAUGGAAGAGCUUGAGAACGAUCCGUACAUUGAACGCAUCGUGGAAAUCAUGAAUGUUCGCGAAGAGAAGGGUAUUUAUCUACCUGGAAACUUGAGCGAUGAGCGGAUCACCAUCGGCAUACCCGAUAUUAAUACCAGCACUCACCUGGAUCGCGAAGCGAAGAUAGCUCCAUGGCAGGUAAUCGACGAAGAAGUGGAAGGUCUUGAGAAGAUAGUAAAGGUGCUUAAGAUCGAGUCAAACGUAGCUCAGUCAUCCAGUGUCACCUCGGCCCAGACUACAUCGAGUGAAGGAGAGAAAGACUACUACCAAGGCGUUGGCGACCUAAUUAACCCGCUCAGCGACCCGGUCGAUACCGACGACGAGAACAGAUGGCCGAGGUCUUGUAUAUGCCAGGCUUGUUCCUCAUACGGCAACGAACUGUACUACGAUAUCCUAAACUCGCAAUCACAACGUGUAGUACCGGUACGUGGUGGUGGUAGCGACCCAGGAUAUUGGAAUCACGAUCAACAUGGCGACAGGGAAUUUCCGCUACACUACCCGAAACUACCUGUCGCAGUAAACGCUCCCCAGGAUACGCUGAAAGAUCACGGGAAAAUUGCACCAGCAUCUCACCGCAUAGCGGAAGACAGGGCGAUCGCUACGUCAAAAGGGCCACUGAGUAUGCGACUUGGCCGUCUCAUGUUCCCUCCUAAGUUCGUGCAGCAGCGCGAGAACAGCAUACGUCGCUUUGACUGGCAACAUACCAAGUGCCUAAGUCCGCAAGAUAAAGAUAAGAGCUCCAGAAGUUUUAGGUAUACCAGAAGUGCGCAUUGUGAAGAAUGGGUUACACAUCUGGACAAACAUCGGGAGUAUUGCGACUAUUGCCAGGCAGUCUUCACCGAGGAAGACUAUGCUCCGAGUGACUUGAGUCCUAGACAUGAAGACGACGCUCCAGCGCUGAAGAGUGGAGCUGGUAGACCUUGGAAGAAAAGUAUAUGGCCUGAGAAUACUAACAAUCCGCCAUUCUCCACCGUAGAGGAUCCCGAUCCGCGAUUGAGAGGCGGUGCUAGCAGCGAGGCAGAUCUUGACAACGACAGCGAAGACUGGCGAUCUGAGUGGGAUGAUCUGGCGAGCCAAACCCAAAGCGCAAGUUGUCAGCCUCGCACAUUCCGCAACUCUAGUACUCUUUCCACGAAGACGACUAUAUUGCCUUCUUCGCCUGUUUAUCGCGGUUCCAAGCCCCGCCGCUGGCCUCGAACAUCAGAGCUUUGUACCGCGAUGGAGUUCAUAAGGGAAGGUCCCACUAUUUUGGAGUAUGAGAGCUGUCAAUCAAACGCGCCGCGAGUACGUGCAGGUGAGUCAGUUUUGUCGCCGCACUACUAUCGCCCUACAAAUCCUAAUCACAUGACUCGAUCAAAGACUAGCCAUCCCUUUCUCUUAGAAACACGAAGGUCGCGGGGCGAAUCAGUUCUAAAAAGACCGCACACGGGAUACAAGAACUUCCAGCAUGAAUCAUCGCUGGGUGUAUCGGUCGUAGAAAGCGACAGUAUACUAGAUUCUAGGGCUGAGAAUUGGCUAGAAAAUCCACGGCCAACACCUUCGCCGCCAUGUAUACGCCACUCCGAGUCAUCAAGCCAAUAUAGCCAGCAGUCGCACGAUAUCGGUCUCAUGAAGGUGUUUGACUCAGAUUGCUGUAUGCUGUUCGAUGCGAAGCCCAGAGAACCAUCAUUUCGGAGCGACCAGCACGAGUUCUUCCCAGCAACUGGUCAUAGUGACCUGUCAGAAAGAAGGCUUAGAGCGAGGGGUCGGACAGUACCUAAUGGAAUGCCGUUGUCGAGAGUGCUGAGUGGCGAGAUGUAUGAAGAGCAUGUUAGAUCAAAACCCGUGAAAAAGACUAAGCCUUCAUCGCCACAGCCGAUAUGGGGUGUGAAGCUGUGCGAAAGAUGUACGGAGCUGUUGACCUUGAUUGUUCAGUAUCUCAACAGGCUGAGACAGCGACUGGCUGCGAAGAGGCCAAAGAAACGUUCUCCACGCUCAGCCAUCGAAACGCCAGCAGCUCCACCACCCUCGCGGACAGGCUGCGAAGCUUGGUACAUGAAUCGCGGGCUUCCUCCUGUACCAUUUGACAAGUCGCUUCCGCCUACACCUCGUACAUCGAAUUCGGUUUCCAAUUUGCAUUCUGAACCUAAGGGAAAGUUCCCUGCAACAUCUAGUGUAUCUGUUUCACUCAUCAAAUGCGCACACGCCAUUGCGCAGGCACACGAUCGUGCGCAUGCAGACUUCAUUAGCCAACAAGGGGAUGAUUGGCAUGUACCAACCAUUGCUGGACCAUCGGAUCUAGUAAAAGAAGCGCUCAUGUGGUUGCGAUACGAAGCCCAGUCGUCAAAUAUGGGAAAGGUAGUGUUUGAUAGAGGUAUUAAAGAUGACAUCACUUACGAUUAUGCUCAGAGUAACGGUUCAGUUGUAAUAUAA